AAACCGCAUGUGCUUACAUCCUUCCACAUUGUAGGCAUCUUUUGCGGGCGACGAAAAUCGCAUUCUUUUGUGGUAAUAUUCUAUUUGUGAGGAAAUAUCGUGCAGUACAACGGUCUGCAAUAGAACGCAAGCAUGGAGGUCGAUACAGCCGCUGAAAGCGUUCCCCGGGAAGCGACCGGCACGGAAAAACUGCACAAGAGGAAACCUGCAACGCAGUUGAGUGAGAUUCGUCAAGUGCUUAUCCCAAAGACACGCAAAUCGGCGUUGAAAGAAAACUGGAUGAAAAUUUUUACACCCGUUGUCGAGCAACUCUCCCUGAUGAUACGAUACAACGUUAAAAAUAGUAAGGUGGAAAUAAAGGCCACUGAUGCGACGCCAGACCUCACCUACCUGCAGAAAGCGGACGACUUUGUGCGUGCCUUUGCGCUUGGAUUCGAGGUGGAGGACGCGCUAGCAAUGAUCCGGCUGGACGAUCUGUUCAUCGAAAGCUUCGACGUAACGGACGUGAAGUCGCUCAAGGGUGACCAUCUGAGCCGGGCGAUCGGACGGCUGGCGGGAAAGGGUGGCCGGACCAAGUUCACCGUAGAAAACACUACCAAGACGCGCAUCAUUCUGCAGGGCUCGAAAAUUCACAUCAUGGGCAGCUACAAGUACAUCCAGCACGCCAAACGCGCCCUUAGCCAUCUGAUUCUGGGCUCGCCGGCCAGCAAGGUGUACGGUAACCUGCGCACGGUGGCCGCCAAUCAAGCCUCGCAGCGAAUGUAGAGGUGAUUGGGGCCAAUGUAACGAAAAGAUUAUUUUGAAAUGUAAUUUAGUUGUUUAAGAAAACCGUUCAUUUUCAAA